CGCUGUCCACACUCCCCUGGACACUUCUCCUUCCUUUCUAUUAUUCGUUCAAUUUCUCUCUUCCAAUAACACGAUCCGACCCGUAAUAGUCCUGUUCAUGGAUCCCCGCCGUCAUUAGUACACCCUACUCCUCCCCCCCCUCCUCUUCCCCCCCCCUUCCCCUCCUAUCCUCCCCUGCUUCUUCUUCUUCUUCUUCGCUGUCCCCCUCCCGCCAGGUCACUUGGGCGACCAUGGCUAUCAAAGAUCAGGGAAAUCAAGGAUGUCAGGGAACCCUCUGCUCUUCAGCGGUCGACCUGGACGAUUUCUUGUCGUGUUUUAUCUACCACUUCAAGGAUACGUCGCCCGAGAACGACGCUCCGCGCGUCGGCUAUGCCGCCGUCGGGACGGAGGUGGUACCCUAUUCUCGUCACGUUAUGCGAUCUCCUAAUGUAGCCACGGCACCGGAGUUAUUUUGCGCUCACAUCCCUCCCCAAUACUUCUGCUCGCUCUGCAGCCGGCUGAUGCUGGACGCUACCUUGUUGAAUCCCUGCGGCCAUUAUUUCUGCGGCACCUGUGUAGAGACAGAAGUUCUGUCUAGAAGACGUGCCAAGUGUCCUCAUUGCCGUCGCCAUUGCCAGAAACGACGGAGUCUUCCGGCGGGAGAUGUGCGGGAAGCCCUCUGGAAGAUGCGAGUGUACUGCCCCUUCUCAAUGAUCUACGACGUCUGCUCUGGUCGCUUUGUUCCAGCCAGCUUGUCCGAGAGCAGUGAGACUUGGUCGUCCCAGAUCAGUGGGACUUCGGUGUCCCAAAGCAGUGGGACUUCUGUGUCCCAAAGCGGUGGGAUUGCCAUGUCCCAAAGCAGUGGGACUUCUGUCGACGACCAGCAGCAUCGUGAUGACCAGCAGCUCGGCCACCAAGAGCAGCAGGAGCAGGAGGACCACGUGGCGCAAGAAGAGCAGCAGGAGGAGCACGUGGAGCAAGAAGAGCAGGAGGAGGACCACGUGGAGCAAGAAGAGCAGGAGCAGCGGGAUCAGGAGGUGACCAGGGAGGCCAGGAGAAAACGUUUUUGCUCGCUGACUAUGGUGCUGGCUAAUCUGGAAAACCAUGUCCGGAGGUGCGGCUACCGUCCAGUUUAUUGCCCCUAUGAGCAAGAUGGAUGUGCACAGAUCAUCCUGGAUGGCGAUCUAGGGCUGCAUCGAAGGUUCUGUAGGUUUAAUUACAGUUAUCCUGUGUGCGACACGUGUCACUGCGCGAUAGGCGCAGACGACACGAUGGCAGAGCAUCUGGCAAACGACUGCCUCCUGCCUUGUCCGUACGUAAAAUACGGGUGCGAGGACAGAAUGCUGCAUGAUGACGUGGACGAUCAUCUUGACACGUGUCCUUUCGCGGGUACUGAUGUGCCGGACAACGCCGAGAUUUCGGCCGGUGAUCCGCCUAUUUUGCCCAGUCGCGAUGGCGCUGAACCUGGUCCUGAUCGCUGCAGUCCUGCGGUCCACCAGGAUCCAACCCCUGCGCAAGCGCAAGCAAAACCGCGCAAACUCACCAGCGAGCCCCGCCCAACGUGGUACCGUAGGGCAAGGGAUCGAGUCUGGAUCCCAGGCCCGCGUAGCUGCUUCGCUUGCCGUGUCAAGGACGCAACGGCCUGACUGGCAGGAAGCGCAGGGGGCAGCGAGAGACACUGAGGGCCAGAUCCCACUAGCCCCUAUUGUUCAUUUCUGACCGUCGAUCUUCGUAAUCGAGGGUGAAAAAUGAAUGAUCCAGGGUAGU